GGUCACUCGGCCACCACUCUCUGGAAGUCAGGACUCUUGGGGGACAGGCGUUCUUUGCUUUGACUGGCGGCUUUCAAGGCUUCGUGCCAUUAGAGACAGAGAUGCUUCUUGCCCUGUCCUGUCCUCGACCUCGGACUCGACCACCAAACACUCUUUCGGUUUUUGCUCCCUCUCCUUGACCUGAAUGUCCUUUCUUUUCCUCGACCGGGCGGACGCAAAGAGGCGAGGUCGACUGUCGUUGAUGGCCAAGGCGGCGGCAGGGCUUCGUGGUGGUGUUGGGAUGAUGCGGUGAUUCAGGGCGGGAACGGGUUUGUCGCUUUCGCUUUAGCUGGGCAGCUCGAAACACUUCACACGCUCGCUCUCGAUGUCAAUUGCGUCACUGGGAACAUGGCCGGGUAUUGCGGUCUUCUGAAGGGCGGCGGAGGGAGAGGAGCACGGAUGACACUAGGAGAGAGAAGGAUUAUCCUGGGCGGGCAGCUGUGUGGGCAUGGUCGACGGUGGAGGUAUCUACGGCUGCUAACAACGAAAGCCUGCUGCUGGCGCAACUGCUCCAUCGCUUUUGGCGUCGCUAAGGGCGGGGCCAUCCUAGUUCCAGCCAAAAGGCUCGGCUCGAAGAGGCAUUCCCGUCAUUGGCCGUGCACCAACACUGACCUCGACCCGCCAACAUGUGGGACAUCUUCAACCCUGUGGACGCUGGACAUGCAACAUGCCUUCGUUGUCCCCCUGCGACCUUUUACCUGCUGCUUGUGCAGCCAGGCACACAUGUCUCGUGAAGCAGACCAUCAUGUCUUGACGCUGCAAUCCGGCUUACGGGCUCCUUCUGCAACGGUCUCAUGGCUUAGGAAUGGAAUCAAACUCUUACUCAAACCACAUCGCACGUUGAGCCAUGUCGGUCUUUACCUGCAUAGCCAGCACCUAAUACUUGCCAACACGUCUCCCCGUCUCUUUCGUUCGCUUCACCCAUGACAACCUUCUCGGUUGUUGAACGAAUUCGGAAGCUGUUGUGCCCACCGUUGGUGAACUGAAUCCGCCAAACUCUGCCCCAUCUAAAUCUUUUACCCUUGUGAUUGUUACCCGACAGUGGCCCUGGAUCUUCGUCGACAACACGGCUAUGACUUCCCGUUCCACAUAACCUGGGUGUAGGUGUAUAAGGU